AUGUCCCUAGGCGUCCCUCUCAAAAUCAUGCACGAAGCAGUUCAUCAUAUAGUUACAGUCGAACUCAAAACAGGCGAGAUGUUCACUGGAUACAUGGCAGAGGCAGAGGACACAAUGAAUGUCCGAUUGGAUGAAGUGCAGAUGGUCACUCGAGAUGGCAGACCAAUGUCAUUAGAAUAGGUCUAUUUGAGAGGCAGUUAGAUUAGAUUUGUUGUGAUUCCAGAUGUGUUUAAAUAUGCGCCUAUGUUUAAGAAGAUCAGAGCCAAUGCCAAGAGCAAGAACAUGCAAUAAAUAAGAGAAAAGGCCAGAUAAGUGAGAGGUAUGGAAUUCACAUCAUUUGUUAAUAAUAGAGGAGUUGGUGCCUCGUAUCAAGUAGGGUUUGGAGUAGUAGAAGAAAUGAUAAAUAAAUAUCAAUUGUAAUUUUAAGUUUAAAUAAUAAAUUUUAUGUCGAAUUCUUUGAAAUACUUGGUGAUUUAUCGUCACGAAACUGAAAAAUUAAUUGCCUCAUACCUGAUUUAAUCUGGGAGUGAGGAACCUUUAAAAAGUGAGUCAUCCAAAGUUUGUUAUGAGUUAAAGAGAAAUCAACUAAGGAUAGAGGAAAGAUAAAAAGUUGAUUCCGCAAAUGGGAGUUGGUUUUGUAAAAUUGACGAUAAAGGGCUUUUCUAUUUAAUUUUGGGAAGUAUGGUUUCCACCUAUCCGGAGAGGCAUGCCUAUGCUUUGAUUCAGGAGAUUUAAAAUGAAUUCUCCAAGUUGGGCAAUAGUGAAACAUUGAAGGAUGAUACCAGUCUUAAAUUACAUAUAAAGAAACCUCUCAGGGACUUGGGGUCGAAGUAUAACGAUUUGCUUUCUUUGGAUAAAAUAUAUCAAGCAUAAUCAAAUGUAGAUCAAACCAAAAUCGUUAUGGAAGACAACAUUAAAAACAUGAUUAACAAUGGACAGUAGUUAGAUGUGCUUUAAAUAAAGAGUGAAGAUCUGAACAAGAACGCAAAAUAAUUUGCUAAGAAUUCUGCUGAAUUAGCUUCCAUUAUGUAUUGGAGAAACAUGAAGUUAAAGAUCAUCAUUGGAUUGAUCAUAUUGGCUGGACUUUUA